GCCUCUGCUCGCUCCACACAUUACGCUGCCAACACCUCCUCAUCUCUUCCAUCCCCACAUUCUCAUCGUCACAAUGUCGCACUUCACGCUGAGACAGACAGCUACAGUGGAAGCGAGAGCCGCCGUUGCCACUACACUCUAACUCAGUCGCCCGCCACACUGCCUGAGACGUCCCCAUCUGUGCGGUCCAGCAGAGCGGCAAACUAGAUAUCCUCCGGGCGGGCGGCCCCGGUCCUUGUUGUGUUGACGCUCUCCAAGAGACUAGCUAAAUGACCGUCGUCAGGAAAAGCGUCUUCGGGAGGAAGGAGUGCGCCGCUCACCAGGGAGAGAGGAACCAGAGAACUCCAUGCCGAUUGCUAGAGGGGACCGGAGCGCUACCCGCGACACUGCCGACACUGCCAACCAUCCUCCUCGGCCACAGCCAACGCUGACCACAAGUGUCGGCGAGGAGGAGGCGCCCGGUCCGGCACGCCCACCGCGGGGAGCUAGAGCUGGAGAGCUCCCAGACGCCACCCGCCACCUCCACCUCCUGGCUCCAACAGAGCCAACCGUCCACCUCCGCAAGUGCCCAAGCCAACCACACGGCACCGACGAGGAGGAGGUGGAGGGCCUGGUCCUAUAUGCCCUUGGGCUGUCACGGGAGAUUGCCACCGGAUGUUCGCUGACAAAGAGCUCGCGUGGAGGCGCUUCGCGUCGAAAGGAGCACGCGAGGCGGGCGGCAGCGUGGCGUGUAGACGCACAGCUCCAGGCGCUCGUCGGCAUCUCCUCUGAUUCCGAGUGAGUUGGCGAGCUCGCCUGCGUAGCCGCAUCCUAAUUUAAUUUAUUUUUCUUCAGGUUUAAAUCUUAGAUCGAAUAUUGUAUGAAUUUUGAUUGAAUUGAUGUAUGAACUAUGUUAUUUUUAAAUUCCUUUCGCUGACCCGUGUAUUAAUUCCAGCAUGAACUAGUGUUUUUUAAAUUUGCGGUGCUGUUUUAGGUUUUUGUUAUUGCAGCUCCUGACAUGUCAACCGCCACUGAUAGAGACGUCACUGGAGGCUACCCUCAAGUGGUAGAUCAUUUUCAGUCCACCCACAAACCGCCACCGAAGGGAUACCAUUCAGUGGUGGUUCCUCAAAGCCGCCACCAAAGGCUACCACUGGAUUGGCCCGGCCAUCCGGAGAAUCUUCAGUGGCGGCUUUUCCUUUUGCUGGGGCUAACCAACACUGUAGGAGGGACAAGAGAGGGUCAAACUACAGUAGUGUAAUUCUUUUUUUACAGUAUCAUGCCUUAAUUAUUAAAUCAUAUAGGAGAAAUAUUUAUAAAUUGUUCAAAAAAUAGUUGAUCAUGUUGAGCAUUGAAUUUUUUAAAAGGUCUUUGUCAAUGAGAUUUUUCAAUAGAGUGCAAACAAGAUUACGAUUUUCCGAAAUUCAUCAUUUGAAUAAAAGAAGAGUCUCUGUCUCUCCGGCAAAUCUCUGCCAUCGCCUUAUCAUAAUACAACAUUAAUCACAAACAUUAACUCCACUGCUAGUGAAUUGUAGGAUUGGCCCACAGGGUCGAGAUAAGACAUGAUGCCGUGCAGAAAAUAUAUAAUAUUGCGCCACUGAGGAAACAGCCACAUCCCCCAUUUCGGGUCCUCCCUAAAUGGCCGACGCCGGCGGCGAGGAUCUCCUUAGCCUUCUUCCCGAUGAUGUCCUCGGUGAGAUCCUCCUCCGACUCGGUUCUGCCGGCGCUGCAGCACAAACCAGUGUCCUGUCCCACAACUGGCACCGCAUCUGGUCCGAACUCCCAGAUCUGAAAUUCCAUCUAGUCAACCUAGCCAAUGUUAGAUCUGUCCUUGCUGCCUAUGCUGCCAUGACUCUCCGUUAUCUGGACAUCACCACCCGCAGGGCUGCCCCAGAAUUAGUUGAAGUUGUCCUCUUCCUUUCCGCGCCGCUCCUCAUAGGUGAGAUCUUCAUACAAAACGUGAAACUGUGUGAUGCUGAAGAGGGAGAGGAGGACAGGAGAAGCGAUGCUUUUGAGCUGCCUUGCUUUAACAGGGCCACAAAGAUCCAUCUAAAUCUGCCCUUUCUUGGCCUCAAGCUGCCAACAUCAGGUGUGUUCUUGAAGCUUAUUUCUUUGUACCUUCAUAACAUGUGGAUAGAUGGUUGGUGCGAUCUUGGAGAGGUGGUCUCAUCGGCACGGUGCCCAUUGUUACAAGAUCUACAAAUUUACAACAUCCAUGGGCUUACUAAUCUCACCAUCCACUCGAAGUCCCUCCUCGAUAUCGAACUUCAUAGUCUCGAAGGAUUGCAGAAGAUCACAAUUGUUGCGCCGAUGCUACUUGUUCUGGACUUGCAGUGUUGUUUUGUUGGGAGGGCGGUGAUAGACAUAUCUGCCCCUUCACUUAAAAGCCUCAGCUGGUAUGUUGAUUAUGAUCCGACCUUGACAAAACUCGGUGAGAUGGCGCACGUCACAAGUCUGUGCACCAGCCUGGUGGUGUAUGGGCCACCUGGCUCUCCAAACAAUUCAGAAUCAGUAAAGCUCUUUCAACAUUUUAGGGCGAUCUCCAGUUUGGAGCUCUACCUUACCCAACCAGAUAUCAUCGACAACUGCCAGUACUUGAUGAAGGAAAUAACCAUGCUCCCAGACACUAAGACCUUGUCACUUUGGUUAUCACCAGAUGGGCAUGUCUUUGGACCUUAUGUGUUCUAUUUGCUCUGCUUGUCCACGGGGAUUAGAAACCUUAAGCUGGAAUUAUCUCGAAACAGUGAGGAACAAAAAACUUGCUCGUCAGGUUGCAUUUGCAAUCAGCAAGAAGACAUGGAAACUGAUGAUAUAUUGCUGAAUUCUCUGACUGAAGUGGAAAUCACUGGAUUGUCGGGAACAGAACAUGAAUUCAUAUUUGUGGAACGACUAUUAAGAUGGGCAGCCAUGCUUAAAACAAUUACUCUUUCUUUUCACCAUGCCAUCACUGUUACUGGGGAGGUGUGUGAGAAACUGCUUGGCCUCUCUCAUCCCAUGACUUGCAUGAAGAUUAACUACUAUGUCAAUGGGGACGAGGUGAUGUAUUCACCAGCAGGCUAGGGAACUUGGUGAUGAAUGGGUAUGACGAUGGGUGCAUCGAAGGUUUUAUCUGUCUGUAGUUGAGUGUGUUGCUUCACCUAAAUAUGAAUGUUAAUCCAGAUGUUCACCGUUUUUUA